UGCUAAGCUGCGCAGAUUGCGCACGAAAGCACCACCCAUCACCAGAACUACCGCGACCCACCGUAAAGCUCACAUAAUCAUUUCUCAUCGUUGGCGAGAUUCAAAGGGCAUUUCGGUCAAAUCCCCCUUUUAUGCCUUCUGCUCUACAUUACGCGGAAGCGCGUAAAAUGCGCCGCAAGUGUGCUGAGGUGGCAACGCCGAGUGCUCGUUUUAAAAGGAGAGCUGUCGCUGCUGUGAGAUGACCUGAGCGGUGAUAGAGCUUGAUCUGUCGAGGAGAGAGUAUUGCAAUCUAUCAGAAACCAGAGUAGCGCCGAAGAGAUCUCUGUCUACGAAAAUGAGACCAGUGGUCCUGCAUUUGUUUUGUCUAGCUUUAGCUUGUUUGAGCAUCUUUCAGGUGAGAGGAGACGACCCAUACAGAUAUUUCACCUGGACUGUUACCUAUGGAACAAAUUCACCUCUUGGCAUCCCUCAACAGGUUAUCCUCAUCAAUGGAAUGUUUCCUGGCCCUCGGCUUGAUUGCGUGACCAAUGACAACAUUAUCCUCAACCUCAUUAAUAAGCUGGAUGAGCCAUUCCUCUUGACAUGGAAUGGCAUUAAACAAAGGAAGAACUCGUGGCAAGAUGGAGUGCUGGGGACCAAUUGCCCAAUCCCCCCAAACUCAAACUACACAUACAAGUUCCAAACUAAAGAUCAGAUCGGAACCUUCACAUACUUUCCAUCAACCCAAAUGCACAGGGCUGCUGGAGGGUUUGGAGGUUUGAACGUCUAUGAGAGACCAAGGAUUCCAAUCCCAUUUCCCAGUCCUGAUGGAGAUUUCACUUUACUAGUUGGUGAUUGGUACAAAGCCAGUCAUGAGGCAUUACAGAAAAACUUGGACUCCGGGAACCCUCUCCCAUUCCCUGAUGGUGUUCUUAUAAAUGGUCAGCCCCACUCCACUUCUUUCAGUGGCGAUCCAGGGAAAACAUACAUGUUCAGGAUCUCAAACGUAGGUUUGUCAACCUCAUUUAACUUCAGGAUUCAAGGACAUAGUAUGAAACUGGUUGAAGUAGAAGGAUCUCACCCAAUCCAGAAUUUCUACAGUUCUCUCGAUGUACAUGUCGGCCAAUCAGUGGCUGUCCUGGUCAAGUUAGAUCAGCCACCCAAAGAUUACUACAUUGUUGCAUCGACUCGCUUCACGAAACAAAUUCUGAAUGCAACAGCAGUAUUACAUUACAGUAAUUCCCAAAUGACAGUUUCUGGGCCAUUGCCCGCUGGUCCUACUUACCAAAAACACUGGUCCCUAAUGCAGGCCAGGACCAUCAGAUGGAACUUGACAGCAAACGCAGCCAGGCCAAACCCUCAAGGCUCAUACCACUAUGGAACAAUUACGCCAACGAAGACGAUUGUGUUGGCCAACUCGGCACCUCUGAUAAAUGGUAAGCAGCGUUAUGCUGUUAAUGGGGUCUCCUACAUUGUACCUGACACACCUCUGAAGCUCGCGGAUCAGUUCAACAUCCCUGGCAUCUUCGAAUUCAACACCAUCCAGGACCUGCCAAAAGAUACCCCCACAGUCCUUGCCACCCCAGUCAUGCCUGCUUCCCUCCAUGACUUUUAUGAAAUAGUCUUUCAAAACAACGAGAACACCAUGCAAUCCUGGCAUCUUGAUGGUUACGACUUCUGGGUUGUUGGGUUUGGUAAUGGGCAGUGGACACCAGCCUGCAAGAGAAAGUACAAUCUUGUUGAUGCUGUCACAAGGCAUACCACUCAGGUGUAUCCAAGGUCUUGGACUGCAAUCUUGGUGUCGUUGGACAACCAAGGGAUGUGGAACAUACGGUCUGCAAUGUGGGCUAGGCAGUAUCUGGGUCAGCAAUUCUAUCUCAGAGUAUGGACCUCAGAACACAAACUUUCAAACGAAUACAACAUGCCUCUAAAUGCACUACUCUGCGGAAAAGCCAAGGGUCUUCACGCAUAGUAAGGUUUGAUAUCUCUGUGAAUUUUAAUUAUUUUUAUGUCACAAUGGUGUGACAGCAAUGUAAGGGAAAAGAAAAGGGAAAGAAUGUGUUUUGAGUGUAUCUUUAUGCACAGUUUGCUUCUCAUAGUUAAUAAUUUUAAGCAUUUUCAACCA